AUGGAUUUGUGCUCUAUCUACCUUUUCGCAAUAAUUUCCAUUUUGGAUAUUAUUACCUGCUUCCCUUGUCAUCAUCUGGGUCCCGAUGCAAAUACAGUAAUCAUAAAUGUUGCUAACAUUCGACCAAAUCGUUCAAAACGAGAUGCACACCCUAUUCGAUUGUCGUUUGGCAUUUACUCAGAUUCUUCUUUCGACAAACUCCCAAAUAGUCAUCAAAUUAGAUCUUUGUAUGUUGAUCCAGCCCUGAAAUUCAUUGAAGAUGCUCUUGCAGUUCGGCAUUCUUCCACUAAAUCAAUCAAACUUGAUAGAGCUCGUAAAAGGCCUGCCAAUAUCAAUUCCAAGUCUGGAGUAAAUAAUAUAACAUUUUGUCCUCGAGAGUUUAAAAGCGUAACUUUCUGCGGGCCUGUGCCAAUUCCGUCAGUUUACUUGAAUGACUAUCGAAUUCCGUCUUCUACAAGUAAUACGACAAAGGAAAAUUUGGCCACAGUUGGUUAUAACUUUCUCAUUUUUUUGUCCGCUAAACCUACCAAAAGGUGUAAUGAUACUACAAUUCUGGGCUACUCUUCUCACUGUCAACAAGAAGCCUUCACAGAUCGACCAAUCGCUGGUUUCAUAAAUUUUUGUUUGAGUCCUUCCAACAAGAUUCAUGAUCUCUCCCAAUUAGCCUACUUCGUGAAGCAUGAACUGAUGCAUAUUCUUGGCUUCUCUCCUUCCUUAUAUGCCUUCUUUCGUGAUGAGAAUGGAGUUCCUCUAACCCCUAGAAACCCAAUAACCAAUUUGCCUAGCCUCGGAUGGGUGAAUCAUGCCAAGGGAAUAUAUCAGUGGAGUGAUAAAGUUGUCAAAACGACGGUUAAAACCUGGAUCAAUGCAAUGGGAAAUUUCAGUCGGACUGUUCAUUUGGUCGUUACUCCGAAUGUUUUGCGAUAUGCUAGGAAGUAUUUUGACUGUCGUGAUCUUGAAGGCGUUGAAUUGGAAGAUCAAGGAGGUCUUGGUGUCUCCCUUUCCCACUGGGAAAUGCGAAUUUUGGGGAAUGAACUUAUGACUGCAACCUUUACGAAUUCAUUUAGAAUCUCUAACCUAACGCUUGCCUUUCUGGAGGAUACAGGGUGGUAUCUUCCCAAGUAUUCCCUAGCUCAAAACCUAGCCUGGGGUGCUAAACGAGGAUGUGUGUUCUCCUCUCAGAGCUGCUAUUCAUAUAUGACCCAACAAAUCAUCAAAGGCGCAGAUGUUGCACCAUUCUGUUUGAUCCCUCAGAAGAACUCUCUCGAGGACAUCUUCACUUGCACUCCUGAUGGGCGUAGCUUUGGUUACUGCAAUCUAGUACAGUUGACCUGGAAUUCAAACUCGAAAUUCAAUCAUUCGUUAUAUACUUACUUAGGUAAUCGAUCGCAUCUACGAUAUGAAGGAAAGAUCAUACCACAAACCUAUUUCGGAAAAGUUGAUCUGACUGACUUUUGUCCGUUUGUUCAAGAAGUUACUUGGUCCACUUCGGAUGGAAGCCCUAAACGAUCUAGCACUUGUAGUGAUCCUCGAAAUUCAGAGGGUAAAUUGCCUUUGGGUAUAUUUUGCGUAAUCUUAGCUCUGACGAUACUAAACAACUAUAACUUGGAGGUAUAUGGGCCGAAUUCUAUUUGCAUUCCUAUUGAACGUAACUGGACUCUUUUGGGUAAAGAUUCAUUGACUUAUGAAGCACCCAUACGUGGAGCUGGUUGCUAUAAGGUAAGUAAACAUUCCAAUUGGACUAUUAUUACCGGAGUUUUCCGAAAAUCCACCCAGGGUGGUUAA